AUGGUUGCUGCUCCCAUCAGCCGCCUGCUGUCCCCAAGCCUCCUCUUGCUGUGCCUGGGCCUCGCUGUGUCUCCGGGGGUGGAGGCGGUGCCGGAGCCGGGGAGCUGGACUGUGCCCUACUCUAAGGGUGAUUCAACGCCUAUUUUAUUCAGAAAGAUAUUAUUCAACCAAACAAACAUAGAACUGAAAGUUGAGAACCUGCGGUGCCCUGAGCCUGUUAAGAUUACAGUAAUGUGGUAUCUGAUGCAUUACAUUUGCUACAAUAAGUUUUCCACCAUUGAGGAGGCUCUUCAAAAUGAUAAUGUGCACACACAUAUGGAUGGACAGAAUAAUGAAAAUGCUAGAGAGAUUGCCUGUGAUAAAACAACUCACUCCAUAACAUUGCAGAAUUCAAAGUUGCAAGAUGCACAGCACACUGGAAUAGAGAAUAAGACCGAUUCGAAGACCAAUCCUUUUCUUUCCAAUUCAAAGGCUUUUGCUGCUCAAACAUCGCAAGAUGGGCCCUUUAUUUUUGUGGUUUCUAUAAAAUCCGAGCAGAGUGCUGCAGAAUGGAGUUUAUCAGUUUAUACCUCAAUGGAAGGUCCUCAUGGGUACAUUUCUGCUUCAGAAUGGCCAUUAAUGAUUUUUUACAUGGUGAUGUGCAUAAUGUACAUAGUUUUUGGACUCCUGUGGUUCGGUUGGUCUGCUUGCUAUUGGAAAGAUUUGUUAAGAAUACAGUUUUGGAUAGCUGCAGUAAUUUUCUUGGGAAUGCUGGAAAAAGCAGUAUUCUAUGCGGAAUAUCAAAAUAUCAACAGUACAGGAGUAUCAUCACCCGGUCUGUUGGUAUUUGCAGAAUUGGUUUCUUCCAUCAAAAGAACCCUGGCUCGGUUAUUGGUCACCAUUGUUAGCUUGGGAUAUGGUAUAGUAAAGCCACGCUUGGGAGCAGUGAUGCAUCGUGUAGUUGGAAUGGGGAGUCCUCUAUCUGAUAUUCGCCACAGUUGAAGGAGUGAUGAGAGUUAUUGGAACAAAAGAAUCUGACUUGGUUUUGCUGGCAAGCAUCCCUCUAGCUCUUCUGGACUCAGCAUUGUGCUGGUGGAUAUUUGUAAGCUUGGCUCAAACAAUGAAGACACUGAAGUUAAGAAAAAACACAGUGAAAUACUCACUAUACAGACAUUUUACAAAUACAUUAAUUUUUGCCAUAUUAGCAUCUGUAAUAUUUAUGGCGUGGACAACAAAAAAGUUCAGACUGGCACCAUGUCCAUCUGAUUGGAUGGAGCUCUGGGUGGAUGAUGCUUUCUGGAGAUUCCUGUUUUCUGUGGUCUUACUCGUUAUAAUGUUUUUAUGGAGGCCAUCUGCAAACAACCAAAGGUAUGCAUUCACCCCUCUUAUGGAUGAUUCAGACGAUGAAGUAGAAGAAUUCCUUGUUACAGAUCAUUUAGCAGAAGGUAUGAAGUUAAGGGGAACAAAGUCGGAGCCUAAUGGAACAGCUAAGCCUGCUGCUGCUAAUACGGAUGAAGACCUAAAGUGGGUGGAAGAAAAUAUCCCAUCUUCAUUUGCUGAUGUGGCGCUUCCAGUAUUAUUGGACUCCGAUGAGGAGAUCAUGAUGACCAAAUAUGAAAUGUCAAAGAUCGAGUGA